AUGAAUAAUUCAAUAGCUGGUCUUACAGGUUCAUCGUUUCGUACAAUAUUAAUUGUAAUAGCUCUUUAUUCAAUGUCUAAUGUUAUUCCAGUAAUAGAAGGUCGCUUUCUUUGGGAUUUAAGUUUGUAUUGUAUUGAUUAUUGCUCACGUAACAACGGUCAAAUGGCUCAAAUGGGCGUUUGUUCAUGUCAUCGAAUUGCAUCUUACAGUCGUCGAACAACAAAUAAUAAUCUUGAAAAAGAAGGUCAGCCCGAUUCUCCAUAUUAUAUUUAUCAACAACCCAAUUAA